GCGGUCUCCGGACGCCGACGCCGGGGGGGCGGGGAUGCCCGAGGCUAUUUUUACUCGCUCGCCUCAUCCUUUCUGGCUACUUGCACGGAGGGGCGGCGGCAAAGCACUGGCCGCAGUGGUUGCUCUCUAGCCCGGCCCCUGCAGCCUUCCUGGGUUGCUGUGAGCGCCGCCACCGCAACAGCCUAUAAAGAGCCGAGGAUGCAGCUCUACAGCACUAUCGUCACUCAUUAUCCGGCCGCAGCGGCAGCAGCGGCAGCGGGAAGCGGCGCGUCCAGCGGGCCGGGAGUCGUGUUCAAAGUCUCGCCGGAGCCCGCGGGACAAAACCCGGUUGGAAUUGAGAGCGACGUCGUAGGUGGCGGAGGAGGGACCGCGAGUGCCGUCACAGCGGGAGCAGCCAGCAACAUGCCCGCCUUCUCUUGCUUAGAACUGCUGCCCUCGGCGGGGCCCGUCCAGAGGAAGCCGCCACAGCCGCAGCCGCAGGUCUUUAGCUCUGCGGCGCAAAUGACCCGCCGCCGGCAGCUGGAGAGAGUGGUUCCCAUCCAACUGGUGCCGCACUCUGAGUCCGUCGGAGAGGUGAGGGAGCUGGACCCGCAGGCCCACCCAUGGUUGCUACUGGAGAGCAAUGGGGGCGAAGUCGCGGCCGCCGCCCAGCCAACCUUGCAGCCGGAGCCCAGCAAUCGUGGUCUCCGCUUCAACGAGCAUUGCCAGGCCUUGCAAGCGGCGGCGGCAGCCGGCUCCUACUCCGGACUUGCAGUUGAACCUCAGCCCGCCACCACAUUGAAAGUUGCCGAGGAGGCGAGCCCCAGCCAGUUGCGUCAGACGGAACGGAGCGAAAAGCUGGCGCUGUACCUGGCCGAGGUAGAGAAGCAAGACAAGUACCUGCGGCACAAGGGCCGCUUCCGCUUCCAUAUCAUUCCCGACGGCAACUGUUUGUACCGGGCCGUCUGCAAAGCCAUCAAUGGGGACCAGCGUCUGCAUGGGGAUCUUCGCGAGCAGACAGUGCACUACAUUGCCGACCAGCUGGAGCACUUCGCACCCAUCAUCGAAGGCGACGUCGGAGAGUUCCUCAUCAACGCUGCCCAAGACGGCACCUGGGCCGGCUACCCUGAGCUUCUGGCCAUGGGGCAAAUGCUGAAUGUCAAUAUCCACCUCACCACCGGAGGCAGAUCCGAGAGUCCCACCGUCUCCACCAUGACCCAUUACCUGGGCCCCGAGGAUCCGAGCCGAGCCAGCAUUUGGUUGAGCUGGCUUAGCAAUGGCCAUUAUGAUGCUGUGCUGGAUCAUCAGUGUCCCAAUCCAGAAUAUGAGGAGUGGUGCAGGAAGACACAGAUGCAGCGCAGGAGGGAUGAGGAGCUGGCCAAAACUAUGGCAGUGUCCUUGUCCAAAAUGUACAUUGAGCAGAAUGCCUGUUCCUGAGAUAGGCAUUGCAUCCCUUGCCUGCUGUUCUGGUGCCUUAAUUGUUCUCCAUUUCUUUCUCUAGAAGUUGUAAUUCUUAUAUGGAGCAAAAACCUGAAGAGAAGGAAGGGAGAGUGAGAUUUAUAAUGAAUGCUUAUCUAUAGAUUAUCAGAUACUAGUUAUUUUCCUAUCUUUCAUUUUGUGUAUAUAAUGUUUCCUUUAUUUCCAUACACUCUGUUCUUUAAGAGAAGAUUUUCUUUUUGCACUUUUUCUAGUCUUUGUUCACAGCCAAAAUAAAAUUUAAUUUCAUUCUUUAUUUGCCUAUAGAUUUUUUUCUGGCCUAGGUGGCUGAUAGCAUAAGUUAUUUUAUGUUAAUAUCUGACACAUUCACAGUAUCAUUCUUUCAAUGAAAAAUUGUAAUGCUUUCUAGCAAAGGUGGAGAGCAAUUGGGCUUCAGUUAACUGGAGUAAGAUGGGUUUUCAAUGUAUUUGACUUUUUUGUUUGUUAAUCACAGAAACAAUGUGGUUUAAAAAACUGCAGACACACAAAAGAUACUUUAAAAGUAGUCUUGCUCUUUUUAGGAGCUCCUGUCUGCCCCUUGGUAGUUCAUCAGCAGGUUUAUCACAUUCUUUUGUUUCUAAUUGGCUUAACAUGGUAUUAUGUACAAAUAUAUUUAUACUAAGUUUGUAUGGUUUGCUGGGUCAAACAUCCAAGGUAGAAACCACCCUCUUCAAUUUUGAAUGAACUGAAAUGGUUAGAUAUAUUUAUUAAAUGGAGUUUGUACUUUUUUUAUUUUGUGACUUUGGAAUUUAUACUGUAUUUGUAUAAUAGCAAUAUUCUUAGCAUUCUGGAAUAAAUGUAUAAUUUUG